AUGGUUGAACGCAGCGUAAUGAAGAAAACGGUGCUGGCAACCAUACAGUCAGCAAAGAUGGCGGCUUCUCAGCUUGAUGCCGAUAAAUUAAUUGAACUUGUGAGAAGGUUUCCUUAUUUGUAUGAGCUGUCGCAUCCUGAUUUUAAGGAUACACAGAGAAAGGAGAACACGUGGAAAUCCAUCGGCGAAAAGCUUGGCGUGACAGGAGAUGUAGCCAUGAAAAAAUGGGUAAACUUGAGGGACAGGUACCGCAAGUUGAAAAAGGACCACGACGGCAAACUGCGGAGUGGAGCAGCGGCGGUGCCCCCGGUAUCAUGGAUAUAUUUCAAGAUACUGGAGUCGGUAUUAUGUGAAAAGAAGUCUGACGCCAGACAGAGCAUCAUGCUGUCUUCCGGGAGCGACGAUAGUGCUCAGGGAUGCUCCCAGAUGCUGUCAGAUACAGAUGUAGACCUUAGUCAGGAUAAUGAUGAUGGACUGUCGCAGCUCCGAUCUGCAUACAUGGACACGAUGGAAAGGCUGGCGAAGCAGCCGAAGCUGGACCGCAUCGACAUGUUUUUCAAGUAUGUUGCAGCCUCAGUAAGGGAGCUCCUCAGCGACUCUCGGAACAGGUUCAUACACCAGUGCCAGUCACUCCUUUACCAAUUUCAAGGACAGCUAGAUGCAGACAGAUAA